ACUUGCGAAAACUCAGCAAAGCUCGCAUGAAGUGGCUCCUCAUCUGCGCGCUGGCGGCGCUGCUCCCGGCGAUCGAGGCCUACUGCCCCAACGGCUGCAACGCCCAAGGCACGUGCGGUGCCAACGACAAGUGCACGUGCUACCUCCGUAACGACGAGCUGAACGACCAAACGCAGCCCAUGUUUACGGGCGCCGACUGCUCGCGCCGGACGUGCUCGCGCGGGAAAGCCUUUGUCGACAUCCCGACCGCCAACGAAGCCGCGCACCAGCUCGUCGAGUGCUCGAACCGCGGCCUCUGCGACUACGCGUCAGGCGUCUGCCAGUGCUUUCCCGGCUUUGAAGGCAAGGCGUGCGAGCGCAUGAGCUGCCCGAACGACUGCAACCAUCACGGCGUCUGUCUCUCGAUCAAGAGUAUCGUCGCGGCGGGGGGCGGGACGUACACGACCGCGUGGGACGCCGAGAAGUCGUAUGGCUGCUUGUGCGACCAAGGCUACCGCGGCCCCGACUGCUCGCUCAAGGAAUGCCCGAGCGCGGCCGAUGUCCUCCUCGGGUACGGCGCCACCGAAGGCCGCGACUGCGGUGGCCGCGGGACGUGCGACUACGUCACGGGCGACUGCCAGUGCUUUCCAGGCUACUAUGGCACCACGUGCGGCUUCCAGAGCACGGUGCACUAACCGAGGAUGCUUCUUGUACACACCGCCCGCCUCGUCUAGUGUCCUCUCGAUAUAUACACUUCAUCAAUAAAUCCACGGACCCUCCAUGCCAA